AGCUGGAGCUGGUAACAUUUCUCUUCUGGAAGAGGCUGGACCUGGGAGCGAGGAGAUGGCUUCCUUACUCUGCUGUGGCCCUAAGCUGGCAGCUUGUGGAAUUGUCCUCAGUAUUUGGGGAGUGAUUAUGUUGGUCCUGCUGGGAAUCUUCUUCAACAUCCACUCGGCUGUUCUGAUUGAAGAUGUUCCCUUAACUGAGGAGGACUUUACCACUACUGACGCCCCACAGAGAAUCUACCGAAUCUAUGAGCAAGUCAGCUACAACUGCUUCAUUGCGGCUGGAAUCUACAUCGUGCUGGGAGGAUUCUCCUUCUGUCAGAUCCGACUUAACAAACGCAAGGAAUACUUGGUGCGCUAAUCCAUCUCGUUAUUUAUUGAAAUUGUCGCCGUCCUCUCCUCUAAGCAAUCAUUUUAAAUGUUCAAAGACAUCUCUUUCCAAUCAACUGUUUAAACAAAAAUAAAAUUGCACUUUGAAAUUUAAAUGACGUAUUGCUGGUGGCGGUGGGUGGCGACUGAGAUGUUUGAAUAAAUGUUACAAGGUGUCUGUUUGCAAACUCUUUCUUAUGGGACCCUCUUGUUGAGAGAUUUUUUUUUCACCUCCCUCUGGAUUCCUUCCAAGUUUUUCAUUGUCCAAGAUUCGUCCUAAAAUGGCCAAAUGCAAACCACGUCUAACCUGGUAGUAUUUUGAAGUCUGGUGAUGUCAAAGCUAUUUUGUUGGCGGAGUGGGUGAGGUCAGGAUGAGGUCUGUUGUUGAAACUGUGAAAGCAUAGUUUGUCUUUCCAGACACUCUGUUCCUGUGAAGAAAUGUAACCUGUUUGCUGGCAGGACUGCUGUGGCACUCUGAGUCAUGGAGUUGGGGGUUAGUGGGGAGGGGAAGAUUCUCCCUCAGAACUUUGGGGACGACCACCACCAUUGAUUCGCAUUAAAGCAAAAUAUGGCAGAUUCUUAAGUCUGAAGUUUCUAAAACAAAAACCAUGAAGUUCUGGAGAAACUCCACAGGUCUGGAAGCAUCAGUGGACAGAGAAACAGUCUGGUAUGACUCCUCUUCAAUUCCAAAGAAAAAUCCUGCUGGACUCAACAUUAAGUCUGUUUCUGUUGACACGUGCUUAACAGACCUGUUCUGUCUCCACAGAUGCUUACCAGACCUGAUGAAAACUCUCCAGUACUUUGUCAUUAGUAAGUUAGAUGCCUGUAGCAUUCUGUAGGUGGUGUACUCUUGUUGCUUUGGAGGUCGGCCUGCUUGGAGCUGGACAAAAGCUCAUAGGCUUAAUCAUUGCUAAAUGAGACCAAGGAAAUUACCCUGGUCAUCUUUCACCCCUAACUUCUGUCCUGAGGACCAAAACGAAUCUUGCAAAGGAAGUGCAGGCAAAGCAAGGAGAUGGACUGUGGCUUCUGUUGUCUGAGGAAAAUUGUAAUUUUUUUUUAAACAAUUUCUAACGUUGCUGAUAUAGAAGAGGGAGGGGAAACAUUGCUUGUCUUGCAAGUCAGUCAGUGCCAGCCAUUGACUCAUCCGGAUUUGUUUAGUGAGUGAUUUCAGGAGAUUCCCGUUUCCUUUCCUUUCCAAUCCCAUUCGUUCAUGACCAAUUUUUCAUAGCAGAAGUCCACAAAUAUUAAUGGAGGACCCUGAGUCACAAGGCCCUGUCUGUUCAUGAGAAACUUAUUGUUUUUGUCCUUUAUUUUUGGAAUUAUAAAUUGAGUUGUUUUUUUUGUGUUGAUGUAACUAAUGCAGAAAACAGAUGUAAAUGAUCCAUUAUUUGAAAUUUUAGAACAAUAAAAUGGAUGAAAUUCA